AUGUGUGUCGACUUCGUAGACGGCUCAGCACGCACUAAGCUCUGGCAGACCGGGGGCGACAACGGGUGGAACUCGGACCCGAGCCUGCGGAUAUACUUUUACGCCAACCAUGAGGAGCCGCCAGAGAUCCCUCUGAUAUGGUCCCAGCGCCUAACGGACUCCAACCUCGCCAUCGCUUCUCUGUCACUUGCCCUCACCAUCCAACGCGGCAUUCUUGCGGUGCUGGGCUUCGACUGGACCCUGUUCAGCAUACCUGCCGACUUGUUCAUGGCGAGCUUCUGGUCCUACAGCAUUGCGAUGCAAAUGUCCUCUGAUCUAAGUGACCUCGAGCACCUCAGUCUCCGGCCAUGGUACCUACAGCGAGGCUGCAGCGCCGCAAAGCAGCAGUCCGCAGACGGUGGCGGUGAAGGCCAGGGAUGGGAGAGCGCAUGUGUCAGGGCGCAGGCAUCCUUUGUCAUGUCAUUGAUAUCUUUGUAA